CCGUCCGUCGGCCGUGCGCCGCGCCUGCGCAGUGGCGUUUCCCCGGGGGAGGUGUUUCCUCCAGCUGAGGGACUGUUGACAGCCGUGAGGGGAGGAAGAGGAGGAGGAGGAGGAGGAGGAGGACGGGCGGACGGACAGACAGACAGACGGGCCGGCGGAGGCGGAGGGGCAGUUGACAAUUGUUUUCUGAACCAGUGUGAGCAAUGGGAGGUGCUGUGAGUGCAGGAGAGGACAAUGAUGAGUUAAUUGAUAACCUGAAAGAGGCUCAGUACAUCCGGACAGAGCUGGUGGAGCAGGCCUUCAGGGCUGUUGACAGAGCAGACUAUUACCUUGAAGAGUUCAAGGAUAAUGCAUACAAAGACUUGGCAUGGAAACAUGGGAACAUUCACCUCUCUGCUCCCUGCAUUUACUCCGAGGUCAUGGAAGCCCUGGAUCUACAACCUGGGCUUUCCUUCUUGAAUCUGGGAAGCGGCACUGGCUAUCUUAGUUCCAUGGUUGGACUCAUCUUGGGCCCUUUUGGCGUUAAUCAUGGUGUAGAGCUUCACUCUGAUGUUAUAGAAUAUGCAAAACAGAAAUUGGACUUCUUCAUCAGAACAAGUGACAGCUUUGACAAGUUUGAAUUCUGCGAGCCUUCCUUCGUCACUGGCAAUUGCUUAGAGAUCUCUCCAGACUGCUGCCAGUAUGACCGUGUCUACUGUGGUGCUGGCGUCCAGAAGGAGCAUGAGGAUUACAUGAAGAACUUGCUGAAAGUUGGUGGCAUUCUUGUGAUGCCCCUGGAGGAAAAGCUGACAAAGAUAACUCGAACUGGUCCUUCUGCCUGGGAGACGAAAAAAAUCUUAGCUGUUUCCUUUGCUCCUCUGAUCCAACCCAAUCAUACAGAUUCGGGGAAGUCAAAACUUGUUCACUUGCCCCCAGUGACAGUCCGCAGUCUUCAAGACCUUGCACGCAUCGCCAUCCGCAGCACCAUUAAAAAGCUGAUACACCAGGAAAUGGCAGGCAGAAACAUAAAUGGCCUUAGAAACCCACCGAGGUUUAAGCGGAGGCGUGUCCGGCGCCGAAGGAUGGAAACCAUCGUCUUUUUGGACAAAGAGGUCUUUGCCAGUCGGAUCUCCAACCCAUCGGAUGAUAAUAACUGUGAGGAGUUGGAGGAGGAGAGCAGGGAAGAGCCGGAAAAAGCCGUCCCUGAACUGAAACCUGAACCGCCUGUGAACAUCCUGAGAGAGAAGGUCUUGAGCCUCCCUCUGCCUGACCCUCUGAAAUAUUACUUGCUUUAUUACAGAGAGAAGUAAAGUCCUUGUCAAAAUAAAAUCCAGAGGUAGGCAGGACAAUAAAACACUCAGUAGGGCUUGACAGAUGUAUGCCACUUGCUUGCCUGUUGAUGUGGCCACAUGUGGUGGUAAGCUGGCUGGGGAACAUGGCUGCCGUGUACUUAUAAUGUGAUAGUGUUUUCCAGAUUCCUUCCCUUGGUUUGUAUGCUCCAGUCUUGUCCUGCAGCAGAACUUCUUUGCUGGAGAAGGGGUUGGGGGCAGGCUGGCAGCAGAACCUUUGGUUGCUUACUGAAAUGAAGAUUUUUGUUCAGAGGAAAACCAAAGGGGAAAGAAAAGCACAACUUUGCUGAAACAUCUGUGGAUUUCUCAGCUAUAGGGGGGGUUUUUUGUUUGGUUUUUUCCCAAGUGGCAUUUUCAGAAAUUAUCUUGAGCAUAGUGAUGGAAUCUGGCUCAGUGGGGCCUGGUUUUUCAAAUACCCCACACACAAAAAGCAGAAUAUUUGCUGCAACAACAACAAAAAGAUAGACUCAGAUUUUGGGACAAACGUUGGGUGUCCUGUUAAAGUUCGUUUUUUUAUCUGCAAGGAGGUAGUUGAGGCAAACCAUUUGUUCACAAGGAAGAGUAAUAUUCCCGGUGAAUCAGUGUGAUCUCAAAAAAAAAUACUUAUGAGAAUUCUUCUUGUUACAGUAGAAGGAAAGGAAAAGAGGUCGCACAGGGUUCAAACUGAAACAAACGAAAUGCAGAGCUUUGUACUGCAGGACUGGUAACUUGAAAAAUUCUUAGGGUCAUCCAAUUUGUGGUUACAUUUGAAAGAGUAUGAAGUGGUUAGAACAAAAAAAAAGUAUCAGAGAAGGAAGUGUCAAUUCUUUAAAAGUCAUCAGACCUUUCUGAGCGUCUGUUGCAUGACUGCCAAACUAGGUAUGUAAUGCUGGGCAUUUUUCUAAUUUGAAGCAAUACCUGGUUUUCUUUUAAGUUGGUUCAGUUUUCUCAGAGUGGCCAGAAACUAGAGCCAGUUAAAUAAAAAUGUAAAAAGAUGAACAUGUUGCUUAAAAGAUGGGUGUGUUGUAAAAAGAUGGAUGUGCCCAUCAUGUAGUAAAAGAGCAAGAAGCUUCUCUAUAUAGGUAUCCUGGUCUGAUCCCCCCCCCUUUAACCAGUUACAUAAAUUUAUUAUUUGAUAGUGUAGAAACAUAUGCUUAACAGACAGUAGUUGAUUUUUUCUUUAAUGCUGGUAGGAUUUUUGCUAUCUUCUUGUAGUUUUUGGCUUCUGACAUCUCACACUUUUAGCAUUUCUGCCAGCUCAGGUGUUUGGGAUAGACUUAAUGGAGGGGUAGGGUGAUAAAUAACAGUUACCUCUUCCACAGCCCCCCUCUCUCUUCACCAUCCAGUUGAUCUGAGUUUGCGUGUGUGUGGCUGAAUCAGCAGCCUUUUCCUUUAUGUAUUUCUUUUGUGGUUCAGGAAUUUGGGCUUUAUCUCAGGUCCACAGAGUCCUGAACUUCUCUUUCUCAUCCUGUGAUCAGGAUAGGCUAGGAAAAAAAUGAAAAGAAAAAAAAACAGCUGUGAAGCUUUGCCCACAAGAGCUGUUCUACUUGUCAGCUCCAAUGGCUCCUAGCCCUUACAUUUCAAAAAGCCAGGUGAGAAUGUGGAAAGGGGGUUGGGGAGGGAGAGAGAAGAGGAUAAAAUUCCUGGUGGCCUCUGCUCCCUAAGGAAAUGUUAACAUCCCAAAAGGAUUUUAGCUUCCAAAUUCCUUUGGUUCUGUAACAGUGAGCUGAGAAAGAACUUCCAAAGAACUUUUCAGUCAAACAGGCUGAAUUGUCUCAAUAAACUUAACAGGUUUAGCUUCCAAUUAAAAAAAAACUUUAAUAAAACAACAAAAGGUCAAGCUUUCGACAGGAAAACACAUCCUGUCAUCUUCAGGAUUACAAACAGCAUAUUAACUACAUUGCAUAUGGUGAUAUACAUUCAGUACAUCACAGAACAUUCCAGGUGUACUAAUUGCUUAAUUGUGAAUUAUUAUUUUUUUAGCCAAUUCAGGCCAUUUGACUGGGGUUGGUCAACUUUUUCUAUGAUCCACCAAGAAAGCAGAAAGGUUUUCAGUAUAAUUCUAUGUUUGAAACCAAAACCAAAAGAAAAAGAAAAAUCAACAGAGACUGGUCGGUUUUCAACAAUGACUUUCUUCUUUUAUUACAAGCCUGUUUGGUUCAGGACUAUCUUGCCAUGUAAAGCUUAUUCCAUGAUCGGGCAAGCUUACUGGUAUCUCACCUGAAAUUAGGAGCUGCCACCAGUUCUUCUCCCUCAUCCAUCCAAAACAAACAGAUCCCUGCUUAUCAACAUUUGGGAAGAAUGCUAUCAUGGGAUUUAUCCCCUUUCCCGGGUCUGGAAAGUAGGAUGAACAAAAUUAAAACCCCCAAAGAAAUUCAAAGCCAAGUGGCAUGCUUCCUUAACUGGGGAACUCCCUGGUGCAUGAAACCAGCAGAAUGGUUAUGGAUAGGCUAGAUUAUUUCUAAGA